AUGGCUUCCAUCUAUAAGAAGGAGGAUAAUCAAAUUGCCCUCCAUCAUCACCACCGUCAUUGUUCCAUGCCACAUCACGCUACUGAGGGUCUUCAACAGACCCCGCAGGACUCCAAGGGCAUGACCAACAAACACGUCCAUUGGUCUCAAUACGCCGAUGAAAUCUCCUUCUUCACCAUUCGUGAUUUAGUCCGUCUAUCCGAUUCUGUCGAUGACGACUACUUCUCCGAUGAGGAUGUGGAGGCUGACGAGCCCUUGAAGGGGAAACGCAAACACGAGAAAGAAAUCUUUAUACAUCCAGACUUUUGGAAAGCAGUAGAUAAUGCUAAUCUGCAAUCGCCGCCAUUGCCAUCAUCACAUUCACCACCACCUAUGGAUCCGAAUGGUAAGACGCGCUUCGUUCCAGCCUACGAAACCGACUCUACGCUCAGCGAUGAUAGCAACUUCUUUGAUGAACCAAAGUACGUUGAGAUUAAACAACCUCCCAUUUUGAGACGGUCACAGUCUCCAGCGCCGAAAGCUAUCAAACACGAGAAACAAGAGGAUACAAAAGGGAAGAAGGAGGAGGAGAAGAAGACGAAAAAGAAAAAGGGCAAAGAGGAGGAGGAAACAAUAGGAAGUGAUAAAGUAGCAGACAGCAAUGCCAAGACCUUACCAAAGAAGGAGGAGAAAGCUUUAGUGGCAUCCAAAUCGUCAGAGGGUACGUCUGAACGUCCAAAUGGGACCAAAAAGAUGCAUAAUAGUUAUUGGAUUUCACCACAAAUUUACCUCUCCAAACGCGACGCUACAUCAGCAAGAGGCGACUACGCAAGGGGCGUCAAAUCGCCUGUCGAAAGUAGGAAGACAGCGAAACACAACGGACGAUCCAGUUCCACAGAACGUCGACACAUGAGAUCGUUCAGUCAUCACCUCCAUGAUUCGGGAGCACGUCCAGCAUCGGAGACACGAGGGAGUAACCGUCACUGUUUGGAGGACACGCCGCAUCGAAGUCACUCCAAAAACCAUUAUGAAUGCAUAACAGAGAACAUGAAACCCAAUCUUCCAAAAGUGCCACCAAAACGGAAACGUUCCACCAGUAAAACAAGAGUAAGAAGCUUUGCAAAAAGCACUCGGCAAAGACGUCUAAAAAAUCACCUCAAUCACAUCACUGUUGUCAAUGCUAGCAAGGGGAAAUGUGGUGCCAUCGCCUUCAUCAUCAGCCUUGUCAGCAUCAUCGACGCUGUGAUGACUGCUGUCACUCCUGCUGUCAUUCAAUUUAUUUUUCAACUCUCAUUGCAUCCCUUGUGGUGA